CAACCUCUCCGCUUUCUCGCUUCCGGGGGAGCAUGUUUGUGACAGUCAAAGAUGGCACGAGGGCAUUAUUAUUGUUGGAACAGAUCUUUCUCACUGGAUUGCCAGGUGCCAGAGUACAACAACUGGUACCUUCCUGCUUUGGAUCUGUUGUUGCCAUUGGAACAGAAACUCUAGUAGCUAGCUAGUAAUAGCUGCCACAGUGUACCUUCUUCCUUUGGAUCUGUUGUUGUUGCCAUGUGUUCACCCUCCAUGCCUCCUGUCAAAGCCGAUCGGCAAUGGGUGCUGCCAUCCGAUCGAGCCCAAACGACAGCGUUGGUCUGCCGGUGUCUCUUGAUGGUCUGUAUAGCCGUGGGAGGAUCGCUCCAUCUCCAGGCAAAACAAGAACCAGACGACAGGACACCAGAACAAAUAGAAGACGACGAAACCCUCUGGCGCUAUACCGUAGCGAUGACCACCUUUCUUCUCGCCAUUCUCUAUGGAUCCCAAGGACCCCGAUGGUCCUUCUUUUAUCGGAUAUUCGGAAUGGGACGGCCUCCACGACACUAUUACCGCAAAACCUACAUCAAACGGGGCUACGAACCCGUCGCCCAAGCGUUUGCGUCAACGCUGGCCGAAGGACGUGAAACGGGCAUGCAAUUCGCUGCGUAUGUCCAGGGCGAACUCGUUGUCGAUUUGGUCGGCAGUAUGGUCGAACGACAGGGACGCGAUUAUACCGUCAAUUAUGAUACCGUAGGACAUUUACUCUACGAUUCCGAUACCUACUCGACCAUUUGGUCGUCCAGCAAGGUCAUUACCAGCAUUCUCAUGGCGUGGUUGGUCGAUCAAGGCCACCUCGAUUAUCAAGCCAAGAUUGUCGAGUAUUGGCCCGAAUUCACCGGGGGUGGCAAGGAACAUGUCACUGUGGAACAAUUGCUCAAACACAAUGCCGGACUGGCAAUUGCACCACCCUUUGUCAUGGAACUGGAACAUUUGUUCCCCGAAAACUUACCCAAUGGCAAUGCCUCACAAGUAUUGGAGAGCAUGACGUGUUGGAAACCACCCCAAUGGACCAAAUGGUUGUCGUAUCAUGGCAUUACCCGAGGAUGGAUCUUGAAUGAAAUUGCUCGACGAGUGGAUCCCCAAAAGAGAACGUUGGGUGUCAUACUAAGAGAAGAGUUUACGGAAAAAUUGAACAUUAGCUCCGAAUGCUACCUGGGAUUGCCCGAAAAGUUGAACGACCCCGAUCGAAACCCCAAGUUACGCUUGAUGGAUCCCUGUCCUCCGUAUCUGUGGGUCAUUUGCAACAAACUGUGUCAACUCUUACGGAUACCGUCGACCGUCCAAUGGAGAUUCUAUCUCAUUCACACGGCAUGUGUCACGUACGCGAAACUCCACUGGAUGCCGGCGACGGAUUUUGUCAAUCCAAAAUUCAUUGGGGGAUACCAGAUGACGUCGGAUCCAGACUUUCGAAGAGGAGAAACACCCUCGGCCAACGUGCAAGCCACGGCACGGGCGGUGGCUACCAUUGCCAAUGCCAUGGCCACUCGAAAUCCAAACAUUUUCAAAGCGGGAAACGAAACAACAACCAAGGCGGGCCUCAAUGAAGAAUCGCGACAUUUAAUGCCCAUGAUUCUGGAUAUUGACCACUGGGCCAAGGCGACCUUUAACGAUGGUGGUUUUUGUGUAUUGGCACCACCUGCCCCCGACAAUCCCGACAAAUUGGUCAAGACGCACAUUCCAUCUCUACCGGGGUUCUCCUAUGCAUGGGGAUGGUUUGGGUUUAAUGGUAGUCUGACGGCCUUUCAUCCCGAGGGAGAUUUUGCCGUGGUCUUUCAACCCACAGCCUUUAACGAUUUGGAUCCGACAGCGCGUGUCGAGAAAAUGACACGGGCGUUGCGGGAAUGUGGACGUCGAUUGCAUGGUGAUGAUUGGGGGGAAUACCAUGACGCGAGUGUUCCAAUGUACUAG